AUGACCAAGACCAAGGAAUCGUCUUUUCUCUUUAAAGCGAGCCAGCCACCCCCUUUCUCCGCACAUCGCUUAUUUGAUGCCGUGUUGUUGACAUCGCCUCGCAAGUACCCCCCCCCCCCCAGGCCGGGCAACAAAGCAGCAACCAUGUCUUCAGCCCCAACUCCCGUGCCAACAGGAGCAGCCGAUACUCCCGCCGCAGCAUCGAGCCCACAGCCAGUGCCAGCAGGAGAACCAGCCAGUACCCCCGCCAGAAUAAUCACCAGCGCCGACACGCCGCACGUCGAGGAGCUCUUCGAGGUGGGCAAGCACGAGUACAACGUGCACGACCCGUCCGACGAGCUCGCUUCCGAGACGGACAACCUCCUCAUAUGUACCGCGUGCGGCACCCAGUUCGACGAGGAAUCGCGCUCUCUGCUCGCCCGGUGCCGUAUCUGUGAUGACCCGCGGCAGUUUGUUCCACCGACCGGCCAAGCCUUCACAACCAUGGCUGCGCUCAGGGCCGGUCCGUACAAGAACCGAUGGACGACGUUCGACGACGACCCCGACGAGAACUUCUGGCAGAUCUGGACCGAACCCCACCUCGCCAUCGGCCAGCGUGCAAUCCUAGUCAGGACACCUCAGGGCAACAUCCUCUGGGACUGCAUCGCCUUCCUCGAUAGCCCGACGAUCGACUUCAUCAACGAGCUCGGCGGCCUGGCAGCAAUCGUCAUAUCCCACCCGCACUACUACACGACCCACCUCGAGUGGGCAGACAUAUUCGAAUGCCCAGUCUACCUCGCCUGGGAAGACAAGUCCUGGCUCAACCGGUUCGACCGACUGGGCAAAGUCCGCACGUUCAUCCAAAGCACGGAAGAGGAGAUCGAAGUGCGCGGCGAGAAAACCGGCGUGGUGAUCCUGAAGCCCGGGGGCCACUUCCCCGGCUCGUUGGUGGCCCUGGCGCACAACAGGCUGCUGAUUGCAGACACGCUGGUCACGACUCCGAGCGGGAGGGGGGACUGGAGUAGGGGCGCGGAUGGCGGCGUGGGACGACCGGCGGGCAUGAACACGUAUGUUUUCAUGUGGAGUAUUCCGAACAUGAUCCCGCUCGCCCCGGAUGUCAUCGCGGGUAUGUGGAAGGUGUUGAAGGGGCACAAGUUCCACAGCACGCAUGGUGCUUUCGUGGGGACGGAUGUGAGGGAUGGUAGCUAUGGUGCUGAUACGACGGUGAAGGAAAGGAUCCUGGAGAGUAUCAAGAUUCAGAUUGAGGGCAUGGGCUGGAAAGACCACGCGCUGUUGAAGGAGACCUACACGGUAGCUGCUGCCCUUGAAGAUCACCUUCAAUUCCAAGCCAACACUCCAACUCCGUCAUCGAAAAUGCCCUUUACAUGUACACCCACCCAUUUGGUCGCAGAUUCAUGA